AAACUCGCAUAAAUUACUAUCGUGUAAUUAGUGACUAUAUUUCCCAAGGCUGGAUGCAUCGUUAUGUUGUUCUUCAGCGCGUUGCUAUUGGGGCCCCUCUUGGCAAUGAACUUUACCUUUGCAAUAACUAACAUAUGCUUUUUCACCUCAGUUGGAGAUUUCGUUUUAUCACGACAGUAAAAGAAUCUCCCGAAGGAGAAGUUAACCCGCUGGGACGGACGCAUUAUUCCCUUUACACGCUCCUAUUCUUUAAUGAUCGACGAAGAAAAAAAUAGACUUCACGGUCGCCCUUCAGAAGAAACGAGGGACAGGAAACGACGCCUUCCGGCGGCAGAGAUCACCGUAGAAGCCGUAGCCAAUCGCUCUCGCAAUCUCGUUGGUUUUCGUCCACUGUUCACCCACCAGGAGAAUAUAUGUUCCGGAUGAAGAGGAAGUAUAAAAGCAGGAGGCAGUUAGUGGAUUUACAUCUUGUUCACUUCUCUCUUCUGCCGUAGUCGCCAUGGCGAAAAUCACUAUGAGUGCAACAUACAUUUCGGCCGCCAUCAUCUUGGUAGCAGCGUUCAUUUCUGCCCAGGAGUAUGGCCAACGAAUUGGCCGUCGCAACAGGCAGAAUAUCGGAUUCGGUUCAGUUUCUUCACCAGACACGCAGAUCACAUCUGAAACGAACGUUCCCGUGGCAUCACGGACAAUGCGGAUUAACUCCGGCUAUUCUUACGUACCGCCAACUAAUCCCUUAUUGUUACCGUCCAGCAGCAAUCAAGAGGAUUAUCAAGUGAAUUUUGCUAUCGCCUUUCAACCGUCCGAAGCUGUUCAGCAUCAAAUUGAACAAGAUCCAGCUCCAUUAGAAAUUCAAGAAAUUCAGCCUGGGGAAAGUUUUCCAGCUAUUCUUGCGGACCAAAACUCUUUGGCUCCAGCUCAACAACAGCAACAACUAAUCGAUGAAGAGAUCGCAUUCUGGGAUUUUAGAGAGUCUAUUCCUGGCGAACCUGAAUUUGAUUACCCGAUUUUAGACAAAAUACCAACGACUUCAUUCAAAUGCACUGGUCAAAAAGACGGCUAUUACGCUGAUGUCGAGACUCGUUGCCAAGUUUUCCAUGUGUGUACAAACGUUCCGGAUGCCGAUCCCAUCAAGGCUUCUUUCCUAUGCCCAAAUGGCACCAUUUUCAAUCAAGAAGUCUUCGUCUGCCAAUGGUGGCCUGAUGUGAACUGCGCAUCUAGUCCGCAAUUCUUUGAGCUGAACCGGAACAUUGGCAUAGUGCCGGAAUCGUCUCGCCAACGAGAUGCUCUGAAAGGUCGGAUAACAUCAAAUCACGUUUGAUAAAGACGUACAACAAUUCUGCUACCCCUUAUUCCGAACAGCUGAGACGAUUGUUUAAUUGCUUUGGAGUUUUAAAAGGAUGACUAAAUACCAACAGGAUUUACAUUCUGUUGUAACAAACUUCAUCGUUUGUUGUAUCCAAAUUCCGAAUAAACACUGCACUUUUCUACUGUAA